AUGGAACCACUUGCGGCAAAUGAGCACGGAGCUGGUGCAGCCUGGGCGGCCAUCAAGACCGAAGUUGCUGGCGGAAAGAAGCGUAAGCGCCUACAGAAGAAAGCGCCUGGCGCGCCUAAGCGUGGCAAGUCUCCCUACAUAUUGUUUUCCAUGGAAAAGCGCGAAGAGAUCAAGUCUACGAUGCCUGACAAUUCAAAAGUGACGGACGUGAUGCGCGCCAUCGCUGACGCUUGGGGAAAAAUGAGUGAAGAAGAUAAGCAUCCCUGGAAGGUGGCGGCUGAGGCUGAUAAGCAACGCUACGAAGAAGAGAUGGCGGCGUACGAUGGCCCUCUUCGGGUGCCAAAUAAGCGAGCUAAGAAACAUCCAGACGCUCCCAAGCGCGCGUCCUCGGCAUUCCUCUUUUAUAGUCAAGUUAUGCGUCCUCGUAUUAAAGCUGAACAUCAGGACAUGAAAAAUACGGAAAUCUCAAAGCAAUUGGGUGAAGCUUGGUCCAAGGCCACGGACGAGCAGAAAGCUCCGUUUGUCGAAAAGGAGAAAGCCGAUCGUGCGCGCUACAAGAGUGAGAUGGAAGAAUGGAACAGCCACAAAGCUGAACGUGAGUAUAACGAAUCCCAACAGCAGUAUAAUAAUUACGCAGCUAUGACGGGCUUUGACCAGAUGAGCUAUACGGGCUCUUACUCAACUACAGAAGUCUAA